AUGAGCUGGAAGUUUCCUGCUAAUUUUUUGGGGUAAUGUCUGAAGUUCUUUGGUAGAAGUGGGCAUUCAGCUCCUCUUAGAUGGGUUUAAUUUUCUUCCUAACUGCUUCUCAUUAAUGCAUUGCUUUGGCUUUAUGAAUCUUAAUCUUCUCUAUUUAUCUGUAAGAAAGUAAAUAUGCUUCAUUUAUUCAUUAGAUUUAUUUCUAAUCCUCUCAAAUGCUGUACUAUAAAGAACCUUAUAAUCUUUUGAUACGUGAAUUUAAUCUGCAAUCAUUGAAUUGAUUCAUCUUGUGUGAGCUUACUGAACUCUCUUUGCACGUGUAACACAUGCUAGGUUGCUCUUUUUCUUAAGUAGAUGACAUCAUUGGUCAAACUGGAAAUCGUUCAUCAGAUUGUGCGUGUACUAUUUUAGGAGCUAUUAACUGGAUUUGGAGUGAUUAUUCCGGAUAUAUUUGCCUAUAUUUUUGUACAAUUGAGCUUUGAAUUAUUUACAGAUCUGGCCCGGAACAAAAUCAGGCACCAGAUAUUCCUACACAGUCAUGGUAUCCUCCUCCUGUCACUGGUUCAUCCGCAAGUUCGCGCCCAUCAACCCCAGGUAGCUCAUCUAGUGCUACUGCACAUCAAAGAGCGUCAGAUAAUUUUCAGUCUCCGUCAUAUGGGCAUCCCUCACCUUCUGAAGCAGCAGGGAUAAUUGCAAAGUUGAAGGAUAAGAGGUAAGUGGUCACAAAGUUUUCUUAUAGCCUUUUUCAUGUUACUUGUACUAUUGAAUGGCAUUUUUUUUCUGGAUACUUGGACCUGCUAUUAGCUCAUGGCAUACCAGCAUUUUCUAGGAAACUUUCAUUUUUCCCCCAGAGUUGAAAGCAAUGUGCCGCUGAUCAGUUAAAAUCACCAUUCGUUCCGUUAUAGAUAACAUUCAACUGUUUGUAAAGCUGCCUCAAUGGCUCCAACCUCCACAAAUCAUUUUUUCCAAUAGUGCGUUGAGCAUCGCAAACGCAGCAUCAGAUUCUCUUUUCGUGGGUAGACUUUGACAUUAAAGAUCAACAUCCUAUAGAAAUUUGGUCACAGAAGACUAGUGACUUGUGAUUGACUUGGUCGGUUUUUCAAUUAAGUGGUAAACAUAUACUUUCUGUGGAGAGAACAGUGAAUGAUCUCGUUGGUGUUUUUGAAAUCAUGGGUCUACUUUUGGUGAUCCAAUUCCCUCAAAAAGAGAGAAAAUGAACGAGAGAACUGGCGUUGACUAAGCAAGUACCUUAGGAUAAAUAUUUGAUUGUCUAAAGAAGGCUGUAAGAAAUGCGGUUCUCAAAGGUACUGUUGAAAUUGUAGACCACGGUGUUGAAAUGCGGUUCUCAAUGAUACAUAGUGAUGAUAUUUUUCAUCAGAUCCUUUCAUUUAAGAGAAGCACAUUUUUGAUAUUUUGGGAAGAGUUGCUCUUUGGAGAGCAUAAUACGAUGAAAGUUGAAAGCUGUCAUUGGAAAACUUUUCUUUCAUUUGGCCAUCAGGUUUAGAUGAGUUCAGCAUUCCAUUAUCAUCUACUGUUUUUGGACAAAUUUUUUAUCCUUCCUUUGUUCAUGUUUACCAGUUGGGUUUUCUCUUUCCUGUAACUGCAAGGAAAAAGUAUGUAAUAGCCCGAUACGAGACGUUUGAUAUAUUUCCUCUCGCCAAUUAGUCAUAUGGUCUUGGCAAGGUUGUUUGCUGAAGUAUUUGGUGUUGCCUGAAAAUAGCAUAUUUAGUAGACUCUAAUUUAUGAAAAAAAGUUAAAUCUGUGAUCUUGAAAACAACCUCUUCCACUUUUUCUUCCUGUUCUACUCCUGCCUGCUUGCGUUUCUCUGGCUGAUGUUUGGAGUUGGUUGAACUUUAGCUUCUGUUCCUCCUUUUUCAGUUUACACUGGAAGAUGAAACAUUGGUAUUCGUAUCAUUAUAUACUUACUAUUACAGUAGUAUCUCAUCACUUUUUUCUUUUGGUAAAGUGGGAAAACAAGUAACCCAGGUGAUGAACCGAGGUUUUCAUUAAUUCCAAAAUCCUUUAUUGUAAACUAACAGAACGAUGCAAAAUAGUUUGAAUUGAUUUGCAUUCUUAGAAUUAUAAAAAUCACGAUCAGGAAUGUUGAAUAUUGUGAAUAUGAUCCAAGAUAUGAACUUGUUUCAUAGCCAACUUUAUAUUACUCAUCAGUAUCCUCAUUUCGUUAUCUUCUUAUAUGCGCAGUGUUGAUGAUUUAAGGAAACUUUUAACUGACAAGGAUGCAUACAACUCAUUUUUCAUGUCGCUCGAGCAAGUGAAAAUUCAGAACAAUGUAUGUAUCGCACGAUAUCACACUUUGAAUUUGUGUAUAUCUUAUUUUCUAUGCCAGAACAUUUAUGAAUGUAAGGCAUUGCUCUCUCUCUCUCUCUCUCUCUCUCUCUCUCUCUCUCUCUUACUUGGGCUAGGGUUUAGUUCCCUCUGGGAUUUUUAGACUUACUGCUGGCCUUACAUGUCUUCAGCUACGUGAUGAGCUGCAGAAGGAGACCCUGCAACUAGCGAGUAAGUUGCUUCCUGGAUGCUGCUUUUGCGUGAGCUGAAAAAAAAAUAAUAGAAAAAACUGAUCCCAACCUAUACGAUUGCAGGAGAAAAUCUGGAAAAAGAACCCCGGAUUUUGGAGCUUAGGAAUCAGGUAAGUUCAACGAUUUCCAUCAUGCUUGAUGCAUAUUCUGAGUGCACAUAUUUUUUCCUAUUUUUAUCUCGCAGUGCCAAAUUAUAAGGACGAGUGAACUGGCAACAGCGCAAGAGAAGCUCGCUGAGCUGGAGAAGCAAAAGGAAGAAACGUUGAAAUUUUAUUCUCCUCAUCUACUUCUCCAGAAACUUCAGGGUGGGUCUACUCGUAGUUUUCAUAUUUCACAGUUGUUGCAGAGUAUAUAUAUGCGUAUAUAUAUAGCUAAGAUUGCGCACGAUGAACCGAUCUGCAGAUGCAAUUAACAAAGUGGAUGAGGAGUCCGAGAUGCUCCACCGACAGCUUCUUGAGAAUCAGACCGAUCUCUCCUCAUUCAUACAGAGAUACAAGAAGCUGCGAAUGAUCCAUCACAGAAGAGCCCUGGUACAUCUUGCUGCUAAGACUUCUGUCAUCUGA